AUGCAUCUGACUGUAUUUUUACUUAGGGGUAUUGUGGGUUUCCUCUGGAGCUGCUGGGUUCUAGUGGGUUAUGCAAAAGGAGGUUUGGGAGAUAAUCAUGUUCACUCCAGUUUUAUUUAUAGAAGACUACGGAAUCAUGAAAGACGGGAAAUACAGAGGGAAAUUCUCUCUAUCUUGGGUUUGCCUCACAGACCCAGACCAUUUUCACCUGGAAAGCAAGCGUCUUCUGCGCCUCUUUUUAUGCUGGACCUAUACAAUGCCAUGGCCAAUGAAGAAAAUCCCGAAGAGUCAGAAUACUCAGUGAGGGCAUCUCUGGCAGGAGAGACAAGAGGGGCAAGAAAAGGAUACCCAGCCUCUCCCAAUGGGUAUCCUCGUCGUAUACAGUUAUCUCGAACGAAUCCUCUGACCACCCAGAGUCCUCCUCUAGCCAGCCUACAUGAUACCAACUUUCUGAAUGAUGCUGACAUGGUCAUGAGCUUUGUCAACUUAGUUGAAAGAGACAAGGAUUUUUCUCACCAGCGAAGGCAUUACAAAGAAUUUCGGUUUGAUCUUACUCAAAUUCCCCAUGGAGAGGCAGUAACAGCAGCUGAAUUCCGUAUAUACAAGGACCGGAGCAACAAUCGAUUUGAAAAUGAAACAAUUACAAUUAGCAUAUAUCAGAUCAUCAAGGAAUACACAAAUAGGGAUGCAGAUCUGUUCCUGUUAGACACAAGAAAGGCCCAAGCUUUAGAUGUGGGUUGGCUUGUCUUUGAUAUCACUGUGACCAGCAAUCAUUGGGUGAUUAAUCCACAGAACAAUUUGGGCUUACAGCUCUGUGCAGAAACAGGGGAUGGACGCAGUAUCAACGUAAAAUCCGCUGGUCUUGUGGGAAGACAUGGACCUCAGUCAAAACAACCAUUCAUGGUGGCCUUCUUUAAGGCCAGUGAGGUUCUUCUUCGAUCUGUGAGAGCAGCCAACAAAAGGAAAAAUCAAAACCGCAAUAAAUCCAGUUCUCAUCAGGACUCCUCCAGAAUGUCCAGUGUUGGAGAUUAUAAUACAAGUGAACAAAAGCAAGCCUGUAAGAAGCAUGAACUCUAUGUGAGUUUCCGGGAUCUGGGAUGGCAGGACUGGAUUAUAGCACCAGAAGGAUAUGCUGCAUUUUAUUGUGAUGGAGAAUGUUCUUUCCCACUUAAUGCCCAUAUGAAUGCCACCAACCAUGCCAUCGUUCAGACUCUGGUUCAUCUGAUGUUUCCUGACCAUGUACCAAAGCCUUGUUGUGCUCCAACUAAAUUAAAUGCUAUCUCUGUUCUGUACUUUGAUGACAGCUCCAAUGUCAUUUUAAAAAAAUACAGAAAUAUGGUAGUACGUUCAUGUGGCUGCCACUAA